AUGUCUUUCACUCGACUACCUUCAACAAUCCGAUCAUCGCUCCUUAAUCCUGCUAGAAGGAGUGUAGUAGGGAUUAGAGGAUUCCAUAUACACUCGAAACCUUCUCCUGAGAAGGGAUUGACAGAACCUCAAUUCAAAUAUAAAUUCUUAGAGGGAACACCAACUGUCGGAAUCGUAGGAUGUCCAUUCAGCGGUGGUCAAGGACGUACAGGAGUGGAUUUAGCACCCAACAAGUUAAUUUCAGCAGGAUUGGUCGAUCAAUUAUCAUCUUUAGGAUGGGAAGUUCACUAUAAUUCGCAACAAAAAUUCCUUGAUAUACCUUACAACCCCAUUCCUACAUCAUCCCCUACAGCUCCUUCAAAAGGUACAGAAACUGUCAAUGAAACAGAUGGACAGAAAGAAAUACAAAGAUUGCCUGAUGACGAUAUUGGUAAAAUGAAAAAACCAAGAUUGGUCAGUGCUGUAAAUCAAAAAGUGGCAGAAGAAGUCAGUGAAAUAGCAGGAAAAGGUUGGUUACCUUUAACUUUAGGUGGCGACCAUAGUUUGGCAAUGGGAACAGUCGCUGGUACCAAAGCCAAAUAUCCCGAUGCGUGUUUGAUAUGGAUCGAUGCUCACGCCGAUAUCAAUACUCCUCUCUCGACCGAUUCCGGAAAUCUUCACGGAUGUCCCGUUUCAUUCUUACUUGGUCUUGAAGGCACAGAUGUCGCACCAUUCAAUGAAUGGUUGAAACCCUGUUUGAAGCCUAGCGAAAUCGUCUACAUCGGCUUGAGAGAUGUUGAUGGACCCGAAAAGGCUAUUCUGAAAAAGCAUGGCAUUAAAGCAUUCUCAAUGCAUCAUGUGGACAAAUAUGGUAUCGCCAAAGUAGUUGAAAUGGCUUUAGAUCACGUCAAUCCCGAUAGAUCGAAGCCUGUUCAUUUGAGUUACGACGUUGACGCCUUAGAUCCCAUGGUCGCUCCAAGUACUGGGACCCCCGUAAGAGGUGGAUUGACUUUCAGAGAAGGUCAUUAUAUUACUGAAGCAUUGGCUGAAAGUGGGUGUCUUGUAUCGGUGGAUAUCAUGGAAGUAAAUCCAUCACUUUUGGAUCCUGGUUCAGUGGAAAAAACAGUCGCAGCGGGUUGUUCGUUAGCACGAGCAUCGCUUGGAGAGACAUUGCUUUGA